GUUCGGUCCUUAUCGAACCCUAGUUUCAUUAAAUUCUAGAGCUUGUUGACCAGACUAUCGAUACGCCAAAUCAGCCGGCGUAGCAUGCUUUGUUUCCAAUGGCAGACCAUGGGUAUCAUGGGCAUGCCAUUAUGAUGUGGCACGUACAUACUAGCAUCUUUAACUAUGCAACACCGCGUUUUCUUGAACGGCUUGAACUGUGAUUCCCUUCAAAUCUUCCAUCAUUAUAAAUACCUAAAAUGUUUCUGAGAAAUCUGUCUCUUCACUUGUGUUUCCCCUGAUUCCGUCCAGCCUAUCACUCAUCUCGACAUUCUCGAUACGACUACGAUGAGUUCCAUGCCCCCUACUGCAAUAUAUACUAGCACCCGUUCUGACUUUGAGACUACAAGGUUUAUCUUACCUGACCUUAUCAGCGAUUGUCACUAUCCGCUGCGGCUGAAUCCUGACUGUUAUCCAGUCUCUCGCGCUUCUGAGCAAUGGCUUCUUGACGGAGCGCGUCUUGCAGAGCCCAGAGUGACAAAAUUUAUGGGAUUGCACGCAGGUGAACUCACUGCGGCCUGCUAUCCUGAUGCAGAUGCUUUUCAUCUCCGGGUCUGCUCGGAUUACCUGAACUGGUUGUUCAAUAUGGAUGACUGGCUGGAUGAGUUUGAUGCCGACGGUACGUGGGGAAUGCGUGAAUGUUGCAUUUCUGCGUUUCGCGAUCCGAUCAACUCCCAGACGGAAAAACUCGCUGGAAAGAUGUGCAAAUCGUACUUCAGCCGCUUUAUGCAGACCGGGGGCCCCGGCUGCACUGAGCGAUUCAUCCACACAAUGGACCUGUUUUUCAUUGCUGCGGCAAAACAGGCGGAGGACCGUGCCACGGGACAUGUCCCUGAUCUUGAAUCCUAUAUCACCAUGAGGCGAGACACAAGUGGCUGCAAGCCUUGCUUUGCCCUCAUCGAAUAUGCUGCUCUGAUUGAUCUCCCCGACAAAGUAAUGUCACAUCCAGUUAUCAUGGCCAUGGAGGAAGCAACCAACGACCUUGUUACUUGGUCCAACGAUAUCUUCUCUUACAACGUGGAGCAAUCUCGCCAUGACACACAUAACAUGGUUGUCGUGCUUAUGCGCGAACAAGGUUUAAACCUACAAGGCGCUGUUGACUACAUUGACCGGAUGUGCAAGGGUUCCAUCCAGCGCUUUGAAGACAACCGUGAUAUCCUCCCCUCGUGGGGAGAACAGCUUGACAAGCAGGUGGCUAUCUAUAUCGAAGGGCUACAGAACUGGAUGGUUGGUUCGUUGCACUGGUCCUUCGAUACCACCCGUUAUUUUGGGAAGAAUGGGCACAUCAUCAAACAAGAUCGAAUCAUCGAAUUACUUCCCAAAAGGCCCUUGUAGAAUUAACUCUUCUUGCGUCGGUUUCUCUAGGUGAGAUCGUUUUGACCUCUUUCGCUGCACAUUUCUAACUGCGGUCUAUACAAGAAUUCUAGAUCAUCUGCUUCUUAUGUACUAUAAUACUAGAUGUCUUACUUCGGA